UUCCAUGUAUAACAGAUAUAGAACCCCUUGAUCUUAAUGAACUUGUUCUUGUGUCUCUACACAGACCCAGAGAAAGACCUCAAGGAUGGCAAAGACAGUUCUGUUUUCUGAUCUGGAUCUUUCAGACCUAUAUCCAGAUGCUAAUUACAGUGACUAUGACUACUACGGCACUUUCAACCCUAACAGCGUAGCAGCAAAAGCACCCUGCGGAAUCGAUGUUAUGCCACCUGUGUUCAAAUACCUAGUGGCAUUCAUCUAUGGCCUGACAUGCCUUCUGAGCCUGGUGGGGAACUCCCUGGUGGUUCUGGUGAUUGCCUAUAGCAAAGGAAACCGUUCUGUCACUGAUGUAUAUCUUCUAAACCUCGCCAUUGCUGAUCUCCUCUUUGCCCUCACCUUGCCUUUCUGGGCUGUAGAUAGAGCGCAUGAAUGGAUCUUUGGCACUCCCAUGUGCAAAAUCCUGUCACUCCUGAAGGAAGUCAACUUCUACAGUGGCAUCCUCCUGCUGGCUGGUAUCAGCAUGGAUCGCUACCUGGCAAUAGUUCAUGCUAUUCGGGCAGUCACUCAGAAGAGGAGCUGGGUCAGAUUUGUCUGUGUUGGCAUCUGGCUGCUCUCCUUCCUCCUCUCCCUUCCUGUAAUUAUCUUCCAUGAGGCUUUCUUGCCAACCGAGGAGAUGAAAUGGGUUUGUCACGAAUAUAUUGGAUGGAAUCAAAUAUCUGGCAUUAGGGCGAAACUGAGAAUCCUUCCACAAACGUUUGGCUUCAUUCUUCCCUUGAUCAUCAUGCUCUUCUGCUAUGGUGUGACGGUACACAGACUCUACCAGACCAAGAACAGUCCAAAAAAGAAGGCCAUGAAAGUCAUCUUGGCUGUGGUGCUGGUCUUCCUGGUCUGUUGGCUGCCCUACAAUAUCUCUUUGCUUCUUGAUACGUUAAUGAGGUCUGGAGCUAUUGGUGAAACCUGUGACCUUCGCAACAGCAUUGAUACAGCCCUUUCGGGUACUGAAAUCUUGGGAUUUGCUCACAGCUGCGUAAACCCCAUCAUAUAUGCCUCCAUAGGGCAGAAGUUCCGGAACAACUUCCUCAAGAUCCUGGUCACAAGAGGCAUCAUCAGCAAAGAAGCCUUGACUCGAUUUAGAAAGGGUUCCUCCUUCUCAUCUACCUCUCUGUAAUAGGCUGGGGGGAAGAAAAAAUUGGAUGGAAUUAAACAGCUGAAAUGAGGGUGAAACAGAAUCCUGCCACAAAUGUUUAGCUUCAUUCUUCCUUUGAUCAUCAUGCUCUUCUGUGCCAUGCAUAUUAUAUAUAGUUUCUUAUAAACAAUCCAAACCAUCUCUUGUUCUGCUAAAAACAUUCUGUCCAAAAUAGAAUCCUGUGAUAAAAUUUUGACUGGAUGUAGCUACCAUUUCUAUAUGAGCUUAACUAAAAAUAAAAUACACAGAGCAAGGAAACUUAAUCCCCUCUCUACCUUUAAUUCCUUAUUUUGUAGAACUGCCUUUUGUAUAUUUUAAAUUGAAUGUGGUCAUCAUAGAAAUAUGAUUUUUCUGUAAUCUUGACUGCAGAGCUAUGAUCAAGUCAGUAACUGACCCCUUAGCAACUGCUUUAAAUGCAUCCCAUUGCACAAACAAACCUGUUCCUUCAUAAGGAUUGUUCAUUACUGAAAAUGUGGUUCUUGAAUGACCUAACUUGAAACAUUUGAAGCCAACUACAUUUCAAGUCACCCAACUUUUUAUGGGGAGAAGCUUCUGUUAUAGGUCAGGAAAUACAGCAUCUGUAGUAUGUAGGAAGCUUCC